AUGUUCUUCUCUUGUGAUGCAAAUCCAGAAGAUGUUAAAAAGAAAGUAAAAGAAGAGGUACACGAUUUGAUUCGGGAGCAUCAGCGACUGCCCGGUAGUAUAUUACAUGGAAUUUUGCAAAGGCUGGUUUCUUACGAUGUUAUACAACCCUUGCACAAAAUCGACAUGUUUUACGAUAGACGACGGUGUAAACAAAAUGUAUUAUUAGAAAGAAUGACGAGUAACAAUACUAGUCAGUGCUCAAACAACAAUACUCAAGGUGGUGCUGUAGUUGUUCAACAAACUGUAGUAGAAGCUGAGUCAUCUCCGGAUGUCGUAAUUCCCGAAGCCGAUGGUGCAGUUGCGCUUGUAGUUCUUAACAGCUCUUUGUCAACCUCAGAUCCAUAG